CGCGCUGGAGCUGCCAACACGCUCUCUAGCAGGAGGCUGCAGGAACCACCAUGGGGGAGGUCCUGGUGCUGGUGGAUUUUUCUGGGCAGCGGGAUGAUGAGCUGCCGCUGAAAGCUGGGGACAUCGUGCAGAAGGUGGAGUCGUGCCCGGAGGAGGGGUGGCUGCAGGGGGAGCUGGCUGGCAAGACGGGGCUCUUUCCCCGGCAGUUUGUGCAGGAAAUCCCAGCAUCUCUCAUGGCUGACGGAGGUCGGAGGUGCCCCCGCUCGACCCGCAUUGCGAAGAAGCCGCCGGUGCAAGGGCAGCGCUGGUGCAAGGUGAACUUCAGCUAUACCCCAGAGAAGGCAGAUGAGCUGCAGCUGAAAGCUGGGGAGCUGGUGCAGAUCCUGCAGGAGAUUGAGGAUGGCUGGUGGCUGGGCAGGAAGAACGGCCAGGUUGGUGCUUUCCCCUCCAACUUCGUCCAGGAGCUGGACCGGCUGCCCCCAGGGCUGGUGGCCCCGGAGGCCGUCCCAAAGAAUGGGGCUAGGAAGCAGAGGCCAAAGCUGACUGAUGAGACCUUCAUCAUAAAGGAGGCAGCGAAGCCAGAGCCCCCCAAGAAGUUGGAGAAGCCCAUCCCCGCAGCCCAGAGCCCCCCGCCAAGCCAGCCCCUGCAGCCCAGCACAGCGCCCCCCUCUGGCGACCGUGUGGGGCUUUCCUCUGACUCCCUCCCCUCCCGCCCAGACUGCGAGGCCGAGUACUGCAAGGCCAUGUUCGACUACGAGCCGGAGCUCCAGGACGAGCUGCAGCUGAAGAGAGGAGAUGUCGUUUUGGUUCUUUGCAAGGAGACAGAGGAUGAGGGCUGGUGGGAAGGGGAAUGUGAUGGCAAGAGAGGCCUCUUCCCCGAUAACUUUGUGAUGCUGCUGCAGCCCCUGAUGCCAAAGAUCAAGGCGGUGGUGCCCGUGCGGAGCCAAGAGUCGAUCUUCAGGCCAGAGAAGAAAGUCUCCAGCGCCAGCAAAGCGGAGCUGCGGCCCCCCCACGAGCCCAAAGAGCCCAAGGUGCAGAAGAAGAUGGACCUGCCCAAGAUGAACCUCCCUGCUAGCAAGAAAGCAGCUCCAGCCCCUCCCGUCCCUGCCAAGACCAAACUGGCCUCCAGCCUUGCCGGCAGGAAUGUCUCUGCCGUUGGCAGGCCCCCCUGCACUCCGACGAACUGUGCCCCAGCCAGUGCGGAGAAGAGCAAGCCCAAGGACCCGGAUGCAAAUGGCUUCGAUGCCGUCCUGAUCUCCAAUGCCAAACUGAGCCACCCGACGACGACUCGUCCCAAAAUGCCAGGCAGGAAGCUGCCCAGCCAGCCACCCGCUAGCUCUCCGCAUGUGCAGGCACCUCUGGUCCCAGCCAAGAGCAGCAUCCAGGCCAGGGAGCUGCAGCCCCCAGAGAGCCUGGGGGACCCCCCCAAGGCAGAGGAGAAGCUGUCUCUUGAGGAACUGGUGGCCGAGCUCCGGUCCCUGCGGAUUCUGAUGGACCUGAUGAGGGUGCAGCACCAGAAGGACAUGGAGGAGCUCAAGAUGGAAAUGAAGGAGGAGCAGGCCAAGCGCAUGGUGCUGCAGGUGGAAAUUGAGAGCAUGAAGCGGAUGUCUGCCCUCGAAGGAGCAGGAGCAGCUGUGCAGGGCAGUGAAUCGGCAGAACUGCUGGCCAUGCUGUGAUGUCCACUGUGCAGAGGCCUCGCUCUGCAAACUCUGACGGGAGCUGUUAAACUUGCAAGAGAAUCACUGGCCACUGAUUCCCCUUGGUGUCUCUUCACCCCAAGGCCAGAUCCCUGCCCCGGGGAGUGAGGAGAAGGCCCAGAGCCCCUCCAGCUCAUCUGCUGCGUCUGCUCCCUGAGCCCUCGGGGGGAGCACUGUGGUGGGGCGCAGUCCUGCUGGGCUGACCCUCUGGGGGAUGGGCAGCACGGGGCACCUGCCUGCUGGGAAAGAAUCAGGGCUGGGGGCUGCCAGGAGAGUUAGUGAUGCCCUAGCAGGACCAGAGAGCUAAUGCCGGCAGUGCGUAGGCCUGGCCUGGGGUGACUGGCUGCUGCCUGGAUUUAGCCAGCGCUGGGCAGUCAUCACCCCCCGUCACCUGCUCAGCUCUGAAUUUCCUGCAUCUAGGCCAAAAGAGGCCCUCCAUACCCCUGCCCCGGGAGAGGCCACCCAUGUCCCAGCAGCAUGUGUCCCUCUCUGGAGACUGGUCCUGAGCCCCUGGCUCUCCUCUUUCCCCUCGCCCCCGACCUGUCCCAGCCUUGGGCUGUGCUCAUCUCUGUGCUGUUCCCAGCCACUCUGUUGGUGUGGGGGGGUGUUUGGGGGGGGGGAGGGGGAAAUAACCAUCUUUUAGCCCAGCACAACUCUCAAAGCCCAACUUUGACCCUAGCCUUAAAACCUCCUGGGGGCUGCUGAUGCUGACCCCUCCCAGACAAAAAUCCCUGUGCUGACUGCCCCCAGCCCUGUCUGCUGUGCAUCAGCCCUGGGAUCACCUGGCCCCAGGCUCUGACUAGACCAGGAUAAUGGUUUGGAACAGCUUCGCCCUAGUGCAGACAACCAUCUGCAUUGUCCUGGUCAGCUGGCCCCGUGGAGUGAGCUGCUUCCUCCCAGCUAACAUGUUACAUCCUGCCCUGUCCACACUAGGGCGCUCGGAUGUGUUGGCUAAGCUGUCCCUGGAUCAGACGUAGGUGCGGGAAUCCUCAUCCUAGUUAAGCUGUGAUCACUCGUGCAGGCUGGACCCCCACGGCCCUAGGGUCCCCCACAAGUCAGAGCCAGUGCUGGUGUUCUGUCUGCACUAGAAUCAAGUUGUGUUGGUGAGCAUGUGUUCAAACAUGACAGAGCAUUGGUGUCUGUAGAGUGACCCGGUUCUCUGCCAGCCCCCUCCCUGUCAGGAGCCCUGUCUGACCUCUCUGGUGCUUCCACUGCCCUUUCAUCCUGAGAACUGGGCGUUUCUCCCUGGCUCUGGGAGCAGCUCACUGCCGUGCCCACCGGUUCCACUCCGGCUAUCCGUGUCUGACGGGGUGGGGCUGGGACAGCUGUGAGUGUCCCUCGCCCCCAGUAACUGUCCCACUGCCGAGAGCCUGAGGUUUUAAAAACUAUUUUAUAAAUGUGUAAAAUUUUUAAUAAACUAUUUUUAUACAAAUCUUA